AACAAUUCGGCGAGUGGAGCUACCCAAUGGUUAUUUUGCCGAAGGUGCUACGUUUGUAGUGGAGCCGAACACCCUUCGUUUGUACGUGAUGGUACUGACAUAUAAAGACAAUGUGGUACUGUUCUAUGAUUACAAAACAUUCCAAUUGACGUAUGUACAUCAAUGGCGUUAUGUAGGUUUCGGGUUAACAUCAAAUUAUAACCACGACACAAAUAACCUGGAGGAAUUUGUCAAGCAUCAAGAAGUGUGGAUGACCACUGGAGGAACCCAUUUACUGUCUUUAGAAUUACCACCUUCUUUUCGAUUCGGACCUCCCAUGGUGAAAAAGGCUAUUCCAAUAACGUUCAACGGACUACGGUUACGUUACGUGAAUGAAAUGGACUACAACCAUGAGACUGGGACCAUAUAUGGCAACAUUUGGACAAGCGACUUCAUUGUUGAAGUUGAUCCUAAAACUGGGAUAUGCUUACACUUAUGGGACUUAACUCCAUUGAAAUUACAACAACCAGACAACGUAGACGUCAUGAACGGUAUAGCGUGUGAUUCAAGAUCCAAAGGCUGCCUUAUCACCGGAAAGUUUUGGCCAAAUAUAUACAAUGUAGACUUAUUAAUUACAGCAACGUCAGCACGCGAUGUUCCAUCAGCAUUCUAUCAUGAUUACUGCACUGAGUUUAAGGCUCCUUCAGAACAGUGAGUAGGGCCUUC